AUGGCGACCCGGCGGCAAAAGAAACAGAAUGCCGAAGAUGGUCCAUCAAUACCACUUGCCCCUGCUCCACGCAACAAAGCAGCACCCACCGGCCAGAAAACGCUAUAUGAGCUUGCUGCAGAACGGCAGGCAGAGCUACUCGCAUCACAGGGCCAGCAACCGUCAUCUAAUGAUGGGAAACUCCCGUCCAAAGUGCAAUAUGUUCAUAUGAAUGCAGACGGUGAAAUCGUCCAUUCUCCAGUCCCAGGCGGCGCUCCUGAAGCCACUUCUAUACCAGCCGGAAAAGAGGAUCCUGAAUCACUACCACCGCUAGCCGACACCAUUUUUCUCUCACUGUCGCUCUCUUGCAUUCAUUUUACUCUCUCGUUCCUCGCGGCGCAUCAGUUUCUCCAGGAAAUUGAAGUUGAAAGAAUCAUAUUUGAAACCGUGGUUGUUGCAUUUCCAGUUAUGACUCUCCUGAUUCACUUCGUCCACGGACAUAUGGUGACGUUCCCUAAACCGUCCUUUAAAUGGCUAGAUUUCAGAUCCGACAAGCAGAAACGGGAUAGUAAAUUAAGUCAACUCGCGAGAAAGUCUCUAAUAUUGGCUCUAUUUCCGUUCACGGCUCAAAAUGUCUUCUUUCUACCAUUCUCCGUCUUCCUGGGGACGAAAUUGAUUGCUAUGGCGAAUGAAGCUUCAUAUUACGCGGCAAUGAAGAAGACUCCCGCUCUGGGUACUUUAUGGGUGUGGGCAGUUGUGGAGAUGUCUGCCGGUUUUUCGGUCUUAGGUUUGGUGGUUCCUGUUGUGUGGUCAGUAUGGUGGAAAGGACACACGCUCUGGUAG